CAUCAACGAGUAACCAAACAACACAGUCUGGUAUAUUUAUGGGUCACCUCCCAUGUGCGUUCGUUUAAAAAGGCCAACUUCCUUUGAACGUUCAAGUCACUCGUUUUAUUUAAACACCCUCAAGUCUCGUCUGUAUCUCGGUGCCCCCCUCUCCCUUCUCGUCCAGCAUGCGCGUUUCAUACACGUCUCUCCUCACGCUCUACCUUCAUCUUUCUUCCGCUAAUGCCGCCCCGACACGCCGACUUUUUGAUACAAUUUCCAGUCUCAAUGACGUCCUCCUUUUCGAUGCGCCCGGAUUUCUUGAUGCCUCCGGCAAGACGACGAUAGCCCAAAUGGAGGCCUACGUCUCCCUCGCCGCAUUCAACAUCUCACCGGUCUUGAGUGCCGCCGAAUCCUUCAUCUCGGGUUUGGGCAUCAAUGUCACCGACGUAGACAGGAUCGGCGACAGGCUCAAAUUGUUCGCAACAGUUGGAUCAGGCGGGAAGGAGGUCCCGGUUACCGUUGCUGGGUGUAGUCCAGGAACGGCAACGUUGGAUAGUACAGCCGGAUUAGGGAGUGACCAUGGAAUCGUCCUCCAGAAUGUAUCCCUUGGCACAUGUAGCAGUGGACCAUUGGUAGCGACCGUUAAGUCCACGGACAACAGGUCAUUCACUGCAAAGGUGUUCCCGUCCCCUGCGAACGGUUUUGGGGUGAUCUCUGACAUCGAUGACACCGUGAAGAUUACCAAUACACUGGACAAGCUGAAAGUCAUCCAGGCGACUCUGCUCGAUGACCCUACUCCAGUAUCCGGAAUGCCCGAGCUUUACAGUCAUUUAAAUACUGCACUGUCCAAGCCGGCUUUCUUCUACGUCUCAGGAUCACCAUUCCAGCUCUACCCUUUCCUCAACGAUUUCAUCACUACCACGUUUCCCAAUGGCCCAAUCUUCCUACAGAACCUCACUUUCACGAACGUCGAAGGUCUUGCUGAUCUCGUUGCCAACGAAAACCAAGUUUUCGACUAUAAAGUCGGGCAAAUUCAGAAGAUCCAUGGAAUGUAUCCAGGCAAGAAGUUCCUGACUGUUGGAGAUUCGACACAGAAGGACCCUGAGACGUAUGGUCAAAUAUUCCGCCAGUUUGGUGCUGACUUCGUCUCCUGCAUCUGGAUCCGCCGUGUAGAUGGUGCGAACAACACCGAUGCUCGGUUUGCAGCUGCUUUUGAGGGCGUUCCAAGUACCCGCUUCAGGAUUUACGAUGAUACAGACAUCAUUAAGACGCUUCCUACCGUGGAUGUUGCUGGUGGUAAAUGUUGACGGAUGCCUCGUAAUCCUCGUGACCGUUGACAUUACGCAGUGCUGUGCUUUUAUGUGUCUUUGGACUGCAUAAUACUGAAUCAUCUUAUAAUGAACUGCCUAUGUUUGACAUUC